AUGCCGAGGAGGGAGAUCCGUGUGGGAGUUUGUCACAUCGAUGACGACAAACAGCGUAGCGUCACCUUCUCCAAACGACGUGCUGGUUUGUUUAAAAGUGCCAGUAACCUCUCCGCCCUCACUGGCGUGAAGGUUGCUGUUGUCCUGGAGAGUGAAUCAGGAAAGAUGCAUGCCUUUGGGACGCCAUCGGUGGAACCUAUUAUUGAUGCUUUCUUGUCAAGAGAUCCACUUCUCGAUCCACUCGCCAACAAGGCGGGAAAAGCUAGGAUUGCAUCGCUGCAAAGCAAGGUGGCUAGGUUGGACAUGGAGAAUGCAAUGCUAGAGAAGAGAGCAAACCUCUCCCUCAAGCAUAUCAAGAAGAUGCAAGCUGAAAACCCAGGGAUGGCGGCAAAUAAUAUCUUCUCCAGGGAAAAGGAUAUAUGUCUAGAAGAUCUCAAGAGGCUCUUCAAUGACCUCUUGCGAGUCAACGAGCAUAUUAGACACCGCAUGCCUCCACUACAUCAUGGCCAUGCACCAAGGACUGGUGGUCCAAAUGUGCAACAAAACCAGUUGUUGCCAAGAGGUCCAUCACAGGAUCACUCGAAGACUCAUCGGGCAUCACUACAAUCAACGUCAUCUCACCAUGUUCCACCUCAAGUGUUGCCUCCAGUUUCACUACCACCAACACUACAACACACUAUGGAACCAUCUUUUCAUAUGCAGGUACCACAGAUACUCCAGUCCCCACCAUCACCUUUGGCACUCCAGUUGAGGUCCCUUAUGAAACCAAUUCCUCAUCAGGUACCACAAAUGUUUCAGUCCACACCACCACCUUCGACUCCCCACUUGGCAUCCCUCCUACAACCAGAUCUUGACCAGGCACAUGGUUUACCUCCAAAACCUCAGCCACAACUUGAAGAAUAUGCAAGUCCGUACAAGACGACAGAGUCAUCACAGAACAAGACAAUCCCUAACUUCGGUGGCAAUGAUAUCGCCGUCCGCGCAUCACUUGGCUAUGAUAACUCGGCUGAUGCUCCUUCGGACCAGGUGCACUACAAUGAAAUCCUAGGGAUGGAUUCUUACAUGGGGUAUAAUGGUAGUGAUGUAGGCCAAUAUAACAUGGGACGUGACGAGUGGGUCAAUGCACCACCAGAGUCUUCUGGUGGGAAUGAUGGUGAUAUUGAUGCAUGA